CUGUCUUCCCGCUGAGACGUGCCGUGCCUGCCGGAGAGAGGGGGGGAGUACUUCUACCAACAAGCCAAUAGCUCCGACAGGAAUUUUUCAUUACACAGUUGUUAGGCAAGGCGGCGGCGGCGGCGAGGUGGGGAGGGGGGCUGAUGUCAUUAGCAGGGGUGUGCGAGUGCAUCAGCAGCCAUGUCACAUGCUGCUAGGUGGGUCAGGGAUGCGGACGGAGAUGCAUGGCAGUUGCACCGGGCACAGAGGCAGAGUCGGACCUGGCUGCGGUGGGCAGCAGGAGGAUGCUUUUCCCCAACUGUGGCGGCAUACCCGGCUCCCAGGAGAUGCAGUCGUCCCGGGGCCCGCAGGACGUCACAGACCUGGGCCUGGGCCUCCACUCCCUGCGCCUGUCCAGCUGGGAGCGACCGUGGAGCAGCCAGGACUCGGACGUGCACACCCCUCCAUCCCAGGCCCAGUCCAGCUCCCCCUCCAUGCUAGGUAUCCUGAACAGCCCCUUCAAUAGCAUCCUGGGGAAGCCGCCCAGCUACCUGAACCCGGAGUCCAUGAGCAUGACGGCCGACUUCCUGGAGAAGUUCCCCAGCAUGUCUCGCAUGGCGAACCGCCUGGACUCCAACUCCUUCCUGGACUCCCGCUCCAGCAGCCCCGAGGACUCGGAGACCAGCGGCUUCAGCUCGGGCUCGGACCACAUCUGUGACAUGAUGUCCAACCUGCGGAUCUCCCCUCCUCUGCCUUACCUGGCCUCAAACAUCCAGAAGGAUCUGCUGCGCCUGGGCUCCCGCCUGGACCUGCAGGAGACCAGCUCCCCUCUGCCCCCGACCUCCACCGCCAGCCCCUCCUCCGCCCUGUCCCGCCGCUGGCGCUCCGGCUCGCCGUGGACGCCCGCCGACCUGCUGGACCAGUCGGACGAACUGUUCAGCAUCGAGAGGGAGGCCCGGCUGCACCGGCAGGCCGCCGCUGUGAAUGAGGCCUCGUUCACCUGGAGCGGCCAGCUGCCUCCCAGAAACAACAAGGACCCUCUGUACUCCUGCAAGGUGUUCCUGGGCGGCGUUCCCUGGGACAUCACCGAAGCCGGCCUGAUCAACACCUUCAGCGGAUACGGCCCGCUGAGCGUGGAGUGGCCCGGUAAGGACGGGAAGCACCCGCGCUGCCCUCCCAAAGGCUAUGUUUACCUGGUGUUUGAGAAUGAGAAGUCCGUGCGGGCUCUGCUGCACGCCUGCUCCCAGGACCCCUUCCACCCCGAGGACAGCCGCGAGUACUACUUCAAGAUGUCCAGCCGCAGGAUGCGCUGCAAGGACGUGCAGGUCAUCCCCUGGGUCAUCUCGGACAGUAACUACGUGCGCUGCCCCUCCCAGCGCCUGGACCCCAGCCGGACGGUGUUCGUGGGCGCGCUGCACGGCAUGCUGAACGCCGAGGCGCUGGCCAGCAUCAUGAACGACCUGUUCGGAGGCGUCAUGUACGCCGGCAUCGACACGGACAAGCACAAGUACCCCAUAGGCUCUGGACGUGUCACCUUCAGCAGUCAGCGCAGUUACCUGAAAGCCGUGUCUGCAGCGUUUGUGGAGAUUAAAACGCCCAAGUUUACAAAGAAGGUCCAGAUCGAUCCGUACCUGGAGGACUCCAUGUGUCAGAGCUGCUUCCGUCACCCCGGGCCUUACUUCUGCAGAGACCAGGUGUGCUUCAAGUACUACUGCCGCUCCUGCUGGUACUGGCAGCACUCCAUGGACAUCCUGAGCAGCCACCGGCCCCUCAUGCGCAACCAGAAGAGCCGCGACUCCAGCUAGAGGACGGGUCCAGACACUGAGCGGGACCAAGCGCCACCGCCACCGCCACCCCUCCGACCCGCGGGGGGGUGAGGCCGCCCGCCGAGGAGCGCGCGGGUGCCGGACGCCCCCCCGCCGGAGGGCACGGCGGCCCCGCGUCGGGCACCGCACCGGGGAUUUCACUGUAGAAAACGUUCACUUUUGCACUUGCUACAUUUUGCUGUUCACAGUGGCACUAUGCACAGUGACCUUGUUCGGGAGAGACCGGGAGCCCUUCACACUUACGCAUUUUUUGUAGACUUGUGGCCAGACGGGAGAGACGGGAGUCAGCCCGAGGUUAAGAAGUGGUGAAAGAAGGCCAUUUGUUUUCAGUUUUUUUUUUCCUUUUUUUUUUCUUUUUUUUUUUGUUUCCAUGUGUUUGCAUAGUGAAGAGCGAUCACGCAGAUCUCAUUGCCGUUCAUUGGCAGACGCCAUACAGUGCCUUUAAAUUUUUAUUUUCCCUCUCACUCACCCUCUCCCCCGCCCAGUUGGUGUCUUUUUCCUGUGCAGGCCAGCUGACGUUUCUUACUUUUGGGAGUCGAAUGUGGAGCUUCAUUUAACCAGUCGCAUUUCGGACAUUUUUACGCAGUUUUUUACUAAUUUGUACACAAACUGUUUUAAGUCAUGACAUGAAAAAUUUAAACCAAAUCCUACCAGUUUAUGGCUGUUUAUGGGAAAACCCUUUUUGUUUUGUUUUUUUCACUCAUUUAGUGUUUCUCUCCUCCCUGAUUUUUUUUUUUUUUUUUUUUUUGUUUUGUUUUUUAAUUUGCCCUCCCAAAUUUCAACUGAAAGGACACAAAAGCAUCAGAUGUCCUUCAACUCUCUUCAGUGGUCCGGUUGUAUUAAAUGUCCGUCACUCUGGAUCCACUUAAACCAGUGAUCCUUUAUUUUUCUUUUUUUUUUUUUUUUUUUUUUUUUUUUUUUGCCCCCCUCCGAACACCUGAUGCAUCUUUUGAAACUUGGAGGGAACGAAUCAUUGGAUUGUACAUAGUUGGAUUUGUUUGCACUUUUUAAUUUGCACGUGUGGAGAGGUGUUUUUAAUCACUGUCUUGUACAUCAGCAGGGGGAACUGGCCUUUUGUCCAACUGCUCGUUUCCUGUUGAAUGUUUGAACUUCCACUCUAAGUGACGAUAAAUUAUCUAUCCAGAGCUUGAGUAGACCCCAGUCAACCAUCGACGCCACGCUUUCUUAAGCCAUCCCGCCUUCCUCUUCCAUCAUAAGCUGUGUGCCAAAAGACCGACGUGUCUUUCCUUUCUCAUAGUUUUCCUCACGCUGAGCUUGUUAUCCCUUCGGCCCAGCUGCUUUUUAGAGUUUUGAAAGUCUACCUCAUUGUGGUCUGCCAAGUUUGCUGCUACUUACAGUUGUGGAGUUUGUUCAGAUUGGGCACAAUAAAGGUGUU